AGCAGUUUAUAAGUCACUUGACUUUACACAUUGAGUCUGUUUUUUUCUGAUCUCCUCGUCUGUUGUCCUACCUUGCCUCCAUACAGGCGGAAUGAUGAAAUCUGCUGUACUGGUUCUCAUCCUGACAACUGGAGUUACCUUUGGAAAGGAGGAGUACGCAUUGGACAUGGCGGACAACUCUGUUGAUGAUCAGUACCAGGAAUGCACAGAGAAGAUGUCACGCAUGGUUGAGAAUACUUAUCUAAAAGAUGAACUGAAGAGGUCAAAGAACUUCAGCGCAGCUUGGAGUGAAGGCCAGCAGUGGUGUUCCAGUAAUAAGAAAGGAGAUAAUUUGGGAGGAAUUAAUUACUGCACUGCCUUGUACGUGUAUACUCUACUUGACCCACCGAUAUAUAAAGCUUUCAAUACUGACACUCGUUGUGGGAAAACUCAAUACACAGGACAGACAUAUCAGUGGUAUUCUCUUCACUUUUUGUUGACACGUGCAGUACAAGUUCUGAAGGAUAGAGAAAGGAAAAAUGGAACUGAAUGCAGAUCAGUGUAUCGUGGUACAGGGGUUCCAUUUAAAAAAGAUGUUUUGCACAAAGAGAUUCGAUUAGCCUCAUUUACAUCCUCUUCCCUCAAACUCAACGUGACAAAGAGUUUUGGAAAUGUGUCGUGUUUUGAAAUCAACACAUGCCAUGGUGCCAAUAUCACAGAGUAUUCCGCCAAUCCAGAUCAGGAAGAGGUCCUGAUUCCUCCAUAUGAGACCUUUAAAGUCACAGAAGUCAACAAUCCUGGUCUCUGGUGUAAAACUGUCUAUAAGCUGCAGAGCACUGGGAUCAAAAGCAACCUGAACUGUUCAGAGGCGCUAACAAGCAAGGCUUCGUCAGACCAGCACAUCGACGAACUUUGAUUUGGUACACAUCCGCCACCGCCUUUUAGGGGAAAGCAGAUCGCUUUGAUUGAGUGGAAACCAAUGGAGCAGCAUCAACGUGGGGAGGGAAAAGGGCUAAUGGGAGUCAGGU